UCAGGCUGGACAGGGCUCUGAGCACCUGAUGGAGCGGUGGCUGUCCCUGUUCACUGUGGGAGAGCCCUAAGGGCUUUUAAAGAUUCCUUCCAACUCAAAUAACUCUAUAGUGCUACGAUUCUACACUCCAGAGUUGCAUAGCUGCAGCCAGAAACAAGAGCCCUUAGCAUUCCCAGGCAGCUGCUCUGGGCAGAAGGGCGAGGAAAGUGCCCAGGCUCAUUGCCGCCUGUCUGAGAAAUACCCCCCAGGUUUAGGGAGCCUGUGAAUGCUGCAGAGGAGACAACAUUUGGGCACUGCAGGUGUGAAGCCAUUUGAGUGCACCAUGCAAAGGGGGCUUGGUGCCUUCUGUGGGGGUGCUGCAUGCAGGGCUGCAGUGAGGACGGAGAGAUAAGGGCUGCUGUGUCCGGAGCCGCCUGUUAAGCUGGUCACUGUCUUUUCAUGGAAGACCACACCUCGUGCACACUGACCACCCCAUGGACAAACCCCCCCUGGCGUGGACCCCCACCCAUCCCAGCCAAUGACCCCACGGCGUGGGAUGGGGAGGAGCUGUCAGCAGUGGAUAAAAACCCCCGGGGUCUGCAGCUCAGCUCCAAGCUCUGAGUGCUCCCACAGCCGCACGCCAACCCCGCUGCCACCAUGGUGCACUGGUCCGCCGAGGAGAAGCAGCUCAUCACCAGCAUCUGGGGCAAAGUCAACGUGGAGGAAUGCGGUGCCGAAGCCCUGGCCAGGCUGCUGAUUGUCUACCCCUGGACCCAGAGGUUCUUUGAUAACUUCGGGAACCUCUCCAGCCCCACCGCCAUCAUUGGUAACCCCAAGGUCCGUGCUCAUGGCAAAAAAGUGCUGAGCUCCUUUGGGGAAGCCGUGAAGAACCUGGACAACAUCAAGAGCACCUACGCCAAGCUGUCGGAGCUGCACUGCGAGAAGCUGCACGUGGACCCCGAGAACUUCAGGCUCCUGGGGAACAUCCUCAUCAUUGUGCUGGCUGCUCACUUCACCAAGGACUUCACCCCGACCUGCCAGGCUGUCUGGCAGAAGCUGGUCAGCGUGGUGGCCCAUGCCCUGGCCUACAAGUACCACUGAGCUCCCAGAGCAGGACACAGCUGUGAAAGUCAAUAAAAAAGCACAUUGCCUGAACUGCUUGGUGUGCUCCUGUUGUGGGGAGGGUGGGAGCAAAGGGCACCAGAGGGGAAAGAGGGCUCAGGGCUCUGGGGAGUAUCAUGGUCCAAAAAGACAGUCAGGUUUGCCAAAGGGGGGACAUCUGGGGACAUCACGGGACAUGUGGGGACAGAGGCCUCUCAUCCAGCACUUGGCAUGUUCCCCCCACCAAGCAGUGCCUUCAGUCUGCAGAAAUCACCAGGGAAUAUUCCUGACCUCUUCUGCACAGAAGGCAGAGCUGCAGGGCCGGACGCUUCUCAGCCUGUAGUGUGUGCAAGGGUAUAGAUUUGGAGAGAUUUCCUCAAGGCAGCUUAGGCUGAAAAUUGUAUCCUCAAGAAGGUGAUAAAAAGUGUUUUCUGUAUCAGAUGAAAAAGCUCUUUCCAGGAGCCUUGGGCAUUCUGAGCAGAAGAUGCUCCCUGCAAGAAGAUGUAGAUGUCUGCAGAGGAGGGGCCGAGGGCAGCUUUUACAUAGGAUCAGACAAUUUUAACUCAGAUUGGCUUAAUGAAGAAUGGGUUUUCACUGUAAUGGAAGGGUUCUAUCUGAGAACAUCAGUCUUAUUCAGAAGUAAGUUAAAAGACAAUAGGGAAAGAUACGUCUGUCUCAGAAUGAAGAAAUCCCUGUUUCGCGUGAUUUAGGAAUACGUUUCCUGCCUUCCUGCAGAUAAAGCAGGGAUUUGCACUUGUGACCCCUGUGAGCUGCACAUCCAGCCUGUGCGAUAGGCAGGGGAUGCAGGGAUGGGGGGGAAAAGCAAAAAGCCAACAGAAACCAGAACAGCUUUCCUACAAUACAACACUCUCCUGUCCACCAGCAAAUGGCAUCUCAGCAUUAUUUCACAGAAUCAUAGACUCACAGGAUCAAAACCAUUCCCCCUUGUCUUAUCACUAUCCACCCUUGUAAACAGCCAUUCCUCCUCCUGCUUAUAUGCUCCUCAUUUUGGCCAACACAGAAACAAACUGGGAGCAAAGAUACUUACAGGACUUUCAGCUGUCAACUUAAGCCAUUGCGCGUUCUGGAGGAGAGAGAAGAGUGACUGGCUGUGGUCCAGAGGCUACAUCUGCUGCUCCUGCUGAUAAGUAAAGCUUGGCGCAGGGUGCUGCUUGCUGCAAUCAGAGUGACCAACAAACACUGCUUCUUUUGUGAAGGCCCGGAGCUGCCUUUUGCUGCCAGCAGGAUGAUUUAUCCAUGAUAUCUUUAAUAUCUUCAUCAGUGAUGUCGGC